CUCUUCUCUCGCGAGAAGCCACGAAGUUUCCGGUGUUGUGUAUGUUCCUGGAAACAUGGCGGCCAGCUUCCGCGGCCGUCCUAUCCGGAGUCUUCGGAUGCGAGGUCGGAAUGACAGCGGAGAGGAAAAUGUACCGCUGGAUCUGACCAGAGAACCAUCAGAAAACUUCCGUGAAAUCCUUCAAAAUGUGGCCAAACCACACGGAGUCAGUAACAUGCGCAAACUGGGCCACCUGAACAACUUCAUAAAGCUGCUAUGCAGUAUCAACCACCGUGAAGAAAACUUUGGGUUUACAUACGAAGAAAUCAUCGUUUGUCUGCGACUAGCUCUACUGAAUGAGGCUAAGGAAGUGCGUGCUGCAGGUUUGCGGGCGCUCCGCUACCUCAUCAGAGACACCACGGUGCUGCAGAAGGUCCUCAGACUACAGGUGGACUAUUUGAUAGCAAGAUGCAUUGACAUCCAGCAGAGCAAUGAGGGUGAGAGGACUCAGGCUCUGAGGCUAGUCCGAAAGAUUAUCACUGUCAAUGCAAUGCUGUUCCCCUCCUCUGUUGCAAACUCUUUAAUUGCCGUGGGCACUGAUGGACUUCAGGAACGAGACCGCAUGGUCCGCGCCGCCAUCGCCAUCGUAUGUGAGCUAGCUCUGAAGAACCCGGAGGUGGUGGCUAAACGUGGCGGCCUCAGCACCAUCCUGAAGAGUGUGAUCGACUGUCAGCUGAGCCGCAUCAACGAAGCACUCAUCACCACCAUCCUCCAUCUACUCAACCACCCACGCACCCGGCAGUAUGUGCGCGUCGAUGUCGAACUGGAGCAAAUCCUCGCACCUUUUACAGAUUUUCACUACCGUCACAACGCAGACACGGCUGAAGGGCAACUCAAGGAGGACAGAGAGGCCCGUUUCUUGUCGAGUAGGAUGGCUAUCGUGGCAGCCUUUCGCUCCUGGUCUGGAAUUAUCAACCUAUGCAAGGCUGGGAAUUCUGGGAUCCAAUCUCUAAUUGGCUUACUUUGCAUACCAAAUAUGGAAGUUAGGAAAGGCUUGUUGGAGGUGUUAUAUGAGAUAUUCAGGCUCCCUGUGCCCAUUAUAACUCAAGACUUCAUGGAAGCUCUUCUUAGUGUUGACCCCGCCCGGUUUCAGGACACCUGGAGACUGUCCGAUGGGUUUCUAGCUGCUGAGGCCAAAGUCAUACUACCCCAUCGGGCCCGCUCUAGACCUGAUCUGAUGGACAACUACCUGGCAUUUGUUCUUUCUGCCUUCAUCUCCAGUGGGCUGUUAGAGGGACUUGUGGAAGUUGUGACCAGCAGCGAUGACCAGCUUGCUGUGAGAGCCACCAUCCUCUUGGGAGAACUUCUACACAUGGCAAACACCAUCCUUCCCCAUUCCCACAGUCACCACCUGCACUGCCUCCCCACCCUCAUCAACAUGGCAGCCUCCUUUGACAUUGCACAGGAAAAACGACUUCGGGCAAGUGCAGCAGUCAACAAUCUCAAGCGUUUCCAUGAAAAGAAGAAGAAAGGUCUGAAACCACACAGUCUUUACCUGGAUCACAUCAUCCGCAAGUCUGUGUCUUCUCAUAACCGCAGAGAGACGCACUCACGUGUCCACAGAGACAUCUACGCUAUAAAGGACACAGAAGAAGCACUGAUGUUGAACCUGAGAGACAGUCACAUUCUGAACCACAAGCAGAACCUGGAGUGGAACUGGUUGCUGAUCGCCACCAUCCUGAAGUGGCCACAUGUAAACCUCAGGAAUAACAAAGAUGAACAAAUGCACAGGUUUGUGCGGAGGCUGCUGUACUUUUAUAAGCCCAGUAGUAAAUUGUACGCAGGGCUGGCGUUGGAUCACCCAAAAGCCAGACAACUCACUGUGGUUGGCUGUCAGUUUAUCGAGUUCCUCAUGGAAUCGGAUGAGGACGGCCAGGGGUACCUGGAGGACCUGGUGAAGGACAUGGUGUCAUGGCUGUCCUCGUCCUCAGGGCUGAAGCCCGAGCGCUGUCUGCAGAGUAACGGCCUGCUCACCACACUCAGCCAACACUACUUCCUCUUCCUGGGGACACUCUCUGCUCACCCACAGGGAGUCAAACUGCUGGAGAAAUGUGGCCUGUUUCAGUGCCUGCUGAAUCUGUGCUCUGUGAAGAACCAGGAUGCUGUGCUGAAACUGGCUAUAUCCACACUGGACUACAGCAGGGACGGUCUGGCCAGAGUGAUCCUCUCCAAGACCCUUACUGCUGCUACUGAUGUGUGCAGGUUGUAUGCCACCAAACACCUCCGUGUGCUGCUACGUGCGAGCGUGGAGUUCUUCAGCAGCUGGGGCAUGGAGCUGCUGGUCACACAGCUCCACGACCACAGCAAGGCUGUGUCCAUGGAGGCUCUGGACAUCCUGGACGAGGCCUGCGAGGACAAGGCCAACCUCCACGCUCUCAUCCAGCUGAAACCAGCUCUGUCCCACCUGGGAGACAAGGGCCUCCUGCUGCUCCUCAGGUUCCUGUCCAUUCCUAAAGGUUUCUCCUACCUCAAUGAGAGGGGGUACGUCAGCAAACAGCUGGACAAAUGGCAGAAGGAAUACAACCUAAAGUACGUGGACCUAAUAGAGGAGCAGCUCAACGAAGCACUUACAACCUACCGCAAACCUGUAGAUGGAGACAACUACGUCAGACGCAGCAACCAAAGGUUACAAAGACCAAAUGUCUAUCUUCCUGUGCACUUGUAUGGUCAGCUGGUCCACGAUAAGACAGGCUGCCAUCUAUUGGAGGCUCAGAGUGUGGUUCCUGACCUCAGCUACACUGUUCGCUCCCCGAUGCUGGACACCUGGGAGGGCAUCAAACAGCUGAAGGCCGCUCUCUGGGCUCUGGGCAACAUUGGCUCUUCAAACUGGGGUCUGAAUCUCCUGCAGGAGGAGAACGUCAUUCCUGACAUCCUCUCGUUGGCUCAGAACUGUGAUGUACUGUCAGUACGAGGAACGUGUGUGUAUGUGCUGGGGGUCAUCUCCAAGACCCGGCAGGGCUGUGAGGUGCUGAAGCAGUACGGCUGGGACGCAGUCAGACACAGCCGCAGGACGCAGUGGCCGGUCACUCCAGAAGAGGUCGACGCACAGCUGACCUCUGAACUCUCCUCAGUCCCGAGCACGCUCAGUCUGAACUCUGAGUCCACCAGCUCGCGCCACAACAGCGAGAGCGAGUCUCAACCAAACAUGUACAUCCUUGACGACGACAAGUGUGAUGUCCUGGACCCCUCAGAUGAGCCCUCUUACUUUCUACACUCCAAACCAGCGAAGGACCGCAGCCCCUUCACCAUCCUGGCCUCCACCCGCUUCGUCCGCACUCGCUUCCUCAACUCCCUGUCCCUCCCGAGCAAGAAGCUGCGCUCCACCAGCGACCCCAAGAUCCCCUCAGGCUCUCGCACCCCCACUGAACUCAAGAUGGGCAGCAUGAAGCGGAACAGGACGGUGACGGAGCCUUCUAUCUACAGCCCCAACCAAGACGUCUUCACCCCUGUUUUUAACGGCAGAGGAAUGCCCAAGAGUCCCACGGUCAGCCUGGAGACGUCCUUUGUCGGGACGAGGGGGGGCUCUGAGGAGCAGCUCGUAGAGGGCGGGCUGGCCAGGGUAGGGGGCUCCUCCCUCGGGUUGAGUGGCCUCGCAGGGCAUGGUGCGGGGGAGCAGCCCAGCCGAGAGAGGGAGCAGAGCAGCCGGGAGCGUCUAGCAGGGGACGGCGGCUCCUCGUUGAGUGGAGGAAACGUGGGGGGGGUCGGCGGAGGUACUCAGUUUAAAAGCCGCAGUCAGAGCUUUAACACGGACACCACCACCAGCGGCAUCAGCUCCAUGAGCUCCAGCCCCUCCAGGGAGACCGUGGGAAACCCCGAUAAUCCCGAACCAGAACCUGACUCCUCUGACUGCGUGAGCCUCAACACUGUGGUGUCGGCCAAGACUGUCAAAACGCUCUCCUCACUCACCCCCCAGGCUCAGACCAACCACAUGUCCACUUCCAAGUCCGCCACCGCCUCUCUGGUACCGCCUGGCUCCUCCCACACUCUCCCCCGCAGAGCCCAGUCCCUCAAGUCUCCUUCCCUGAACACCAUGAAGAACCUGGCCGACUGCAGCUUCAUGUACACCAGCCCGCGGGACGCCCUGGGCUACGCCACGCUGAAGAGGCUGCAGCAGCAGAGGAUCCAGCCGUCUCUGUCUCACAGUGAGGCGCUGGCUUCACCCGCCAAAGACGUGCUGUUCACCGACACCAUCACCAUGAAGACCGGCAGCCUGGACUCCAGGUUAACGCCUCGCAGGAUAUCAGACAGGAGGGGUACCUGUCCAGAGCCCCCCGUCAUAAGUCCAUACCGCAGGCUGUCCAGAACACUUGUCCCGCGGUUCCUGAAGGCGCUCAGCUUUGCCUCUCUGGAUAAAGAGGAGCUGCUCAGUCCCAUCAACCAAAGCACUCUGCACCGCUGCUCCUCAGUGCGCUCCAUGGUCUCUAGCGCCACCUACGGGUGCAGCGACGACUACGUGGGCCUGGCUCUGCCCAUGGACAUCAACGACAUGUUCCACAUCAGAGACUCGGCCUACUUUCAGCAGAGGAUCAGCCCCCCGUCGGAGGAGCGCAAAAGCUUCCUCUUUGGAGAUGGAGACGGUACCGCCCCCCCCCUCCCCUCCCUGAAGCAGCAGUUCAGCAUCUCCGAGCUGAUCGUGUGCCGCGGCGACAGCCAGACCCACACGGUGGGUUUGGACGAGACGGGCCUGCAGGAGCACACCGAGGAGAACUGCCUCUACUGCGUGGGGUCCAGCGUGCUCGGAUACCCCACUCGGCCGCCCAUCAACAACACACACCCCCGCACAGAAUUUGUGGAUUUCCAGCCGUGGGGAGCGCAGAGCGGCCAUCGCCUGGAGGUCAUGCCUCAGUCCAAGUUAUCCGGCGUGUCGGGCUGCAGCGAAGCCGGCGUGUCCCAGGGGUCCGUCUGCAGCACGCCCAUCCCCGCGGACAUCGUCAUAGGGAAGACUACGAGCAGCAAGUCGAUAUCAGAAGACGGCCCCGCCUCCCGAGUCCUGCUGAGGAAGGAGGUGCUCCGCCUCAUCAUCAACCUCAGCUCCUCUGUAGGGACCAAAGGCCACGAAACAGGACUACUGACGAUAAAGGAGAAGUUCCCCUACGCGUUUGACGACAUCUGCCUGUACUCCGAGGUUUCUAACCUCUUAGCCCACUGCAUGUUCCGCCUGACCUCCAGACGCUUCAUACAGGAACUCUUCCAGGACGUGCAGUUCAUGGCGAUGUACGAGGAAGCAGAGGGGAUCCUGAUGAAGAUACCAAAACCUGUUGAAGAGGACGAAGACGCUCCUGCAGAAUCCUGAUCCUCCUCCUCCUCCUCCUCAUGUGUCCCCUGCCACCCUACCAACAUGAACAAAUGGACUGACAGAGUAUAAUAUGUAACGUUAGGAAGGCGUCUGGAAUGUUUCUGUUACUCAGACCGAGUACCAUAGCCAAGGAAGAAGAGGAAGUGGUCAUCGCUCGCCUUUCUUGGAAACGAAGGAUGUCGAUAUCUGUAAACACAAUUCAACCCGACACGCUGUUCAAGACUUUUUUUAACAGGAAAAAGGGGGGAGCAGUUUUACCAAAUACUGUUUUCAGAAGGGUCGGCAAUCUUGAGCAACACUCACAAUAAUACAUCAACAUAAUGCUAAAGGAUCAUUAGGACAAAGGCUCUCGUUGUGUUUUUAAAGAAGAAGAAAAAAGUAACAUUUGAUCUCUUUCCGGAGAUGGUGGUUUUUCCUGUAAUGAAUUGAAUAAGGCAUGUUGUUGUGUCUACCCAGUGAUUCCUCUGCCCCCCCCCCCCGCGUUAUUUUCUCCUUAUGAAACAAAACACUACAGAAGGGUCCUGCUGUUUUUCAAACUCAUGUGGAGCCUUCCUGGUUCAUAUCUCACCCCGACUUGUGAUCUGUUCGCCCCACAUAACCUGCUUCUCCUUCCUCACCUCUUCCUACAACCUGUAGCCUCUCGUCAGCACAGAAAGCCAAUUACUUUUCUAUGACUUGUAUCUCAGACAAUCAAACAUCAUUAGUAUUGUAUUUUCUAAAGCACUAUAUAAGUACACAAGGAGAAUAGCAUGUGAUUGAAUGCUAGUUUAUUCCAUCCUUUACUUGCUUAGGACCUUUUUAAUGUUUUUCUUCAGCUCCUCAGGAGGUGGGCUAAUCUUGUGGAAAGAUUAUAAGUUAUUUCUAGAUUGAUUCAUUACAGAUUUAGUACCAAAUCUCUGCUUCUUACCUCUGUGCUUCACCUCCACUGCAUGUGCAACAAGCAUGGCAAUGUUGUAACGUCACCUUAACGUGUUUCUUGCUUGUAACUUAAAAAUAAUAAUAAUAAUAGAUUGCCAUUACAUGCUGCCAUCACAUUGUUGGAAUAUAAUGACCCCUGAAUCUGUUUCCACAAUGCAAUAUCACUGUCUGUCAUUGGCUGAGAUGGAGGAGGGGGAGUGUGAUGACUUAAGGAUUUGUAAAAGGUUUCCAGGGAAACUGGGGAUCUCUGUUUCCAUUGGCUUGUUUUUGCUAUAAUGCUGCUACACAAAUGGACUCAUAGAAAGAUGAUUCAUAGAUCAGCUGAGUGAUGUCAGAUCCGAUCUAUUUAUUAUAUGUCUGUACCAUAGAGUGAGCUCGACCAGAGAAGAAAAAAAAAGUUAUUUAUAUUUUUUCCUCAAGACUGUAUUAUAAUUUAAAAAAGAUUUUUCUCUUCUUUUGUUUGUUGCCUGAAUCGUGGUUUCCCUUGUAAAAUGUGUACAGUAUGUUUUUGGGGGCAUUGAUGACCUAAAGAAACAUACAAUCCUAUCAAAGGGAUGCAUUGUUAAUAAAACAAAAUUUGAAAUACCCAAAA